GCGGAUCGCACCUUACAGUUCGCCGUUGGAUAGUGUCCCGCAUGGACGUGCACCGGAGUACACUCUAGCCAAAGGGAAAAUUCGACUCAGUCGCCGCCGCCACCGCCGCCGCCGUUCGAAAGCUGCCCCACCGUUCCGAGUGAAGUGUUGAUGUGUUUGGGCCUGAUCGGGGGACUCUGCCAUACAUCGCAAUCGACGGCAAGUGACGAACCCCACACACGCGUUUACAGCGGGGUUUAUCAUCGCGAUUUGCGAUCGCUUGCCUGCAUAUAAUUAGGCGGCGCAAAGUUCUGAGCCCGCCGUACUCCAGAUUGGUGCGCCGACACACACACACACACACACACGUCUCAUUACUCUUUUCGGGCCGUCCGAGGUUCGAUCGCGGACGUGAUCGGAAAGGUGGAACAGUGCCCGGAAUACGAAACGCGCGGAAUACGAACCCAACGGGAGGAACACUGUGCGCGGGUGCGUGUGUGUGCGUGCGCAGAUAGAGUAGCAAACGGUGCGACGGCGGAAGUACUACUCCGAAGGGACGUUUUUUAAGUGGAAGAACUGUGUGCGUGUGUGUACGAGUGUGUGUGUGAGCAGCCAACACCCCAUCAUCAUGGAUUUCUUUCAGCAGAUGAAUCUGACCGACUUCACAAUCUACGAUCUAUUUAACGUCAAAGGUGUCGAGGAACACAUCGAUGCCUACCCUUUGAUGGCAUCGCCCGUACCGAGCUCCAUCAUGAUUGCCAUAUACCUUUACUUCAUCUACAAAUAUGGACCAAGGCACAUGGAGUACAGGAAACCGUACAACCUGCGCUGGGUCAUUGCGGCCUACAACAUCUUCCAGGUGAUCGCCUGUGGCUAUCUUGUUAGUAAUUACAUCAAGGUAGGAUUUCAGUUUAGCUUUAUCGGACGCUGCACACCGAAGCUGCCCGUCACCGAGUACGAGCACGGGCUGGAUGCGGUCUACUAUGGCUGGCUUGCGAUGUGCCUGCGAAUGGUCGAGUUCAUCGAGACGGUGUUCUUCGUGCUGCGCAAGAAGCAGAACCAAGUUUCCGCGCUGCACGUGUACCAUCACAUCAGCACCUUCCUUAUCGUCUGGUGGAGCCUAAAGCUUAGCUUGUCCUACCAGGAGAUGUCCAUCAUGGUGCUGAACUCGAUCGUGCACAUGAUCAUGUACUCGUACUACUUCCUGUCGUCGUUCAAGCCCUGCCAACCGUUCACCAGCCGCAUCAAGCCGAUCAUCACCAUCAUCCAGCUGGCCCAGCUGGUCACGAUGCUGGUGCACGUCUAUGCCGCCCUGCAGCCGUCCUGCGCCGCCAACAAAACCAUCUACACCCUGCACGCGGUCAAUCUGGUCAUCCUGAUCAGCCUGUUCACCAACUUCUACAUCCAGACGUACGUGCGGAAUGCCCGCAAGCUGAAGCAGAAGUAAGGAGCAGCAGUGCACACUGUCGCACUACCUUUAUUUUAUAACACCGUCGGCGCGGGCUGGCAUAUGGGUGGGUGGUUACCGCUGGGAUACAAAUGGGCCAUGCCAAAGCAGUUGCAACGCUGCACACGCAGGCGCAAUAUUCUUGCGUUUUUCGCGAAAAAUUCGGGUACGUUGGUAUUAUUCCGAGCGUCACAACGCCUGCCUGUGGACAAACUUCUGGCGGAAUGUAAUGCGUGUAAGGGACACUUCUUCUUAGCCGAGCACAAAACAGAAGGCCUGUCCAGUUUUAUCUAUUUAUACACUUUUCUGUUUCCGUCCCUAUUACCGUCUUCAUAAAAACUACCCUUCUAGACUGCCUUUGCGUUUUUUUGCAUUUUGAGAUAAGAAAGCAGAAAGGAAUGAAAAUAAACUUCAUAAAACUGCUGUUCA